AUGUGGAACUGCGACUACGCCAGCUGUGGCAAGCCCUCAGUCCGCCAAAUCGGAGGAUGCAUGAUCUGUAACCAGCACCUCUGCGCCAAGCACCUAAAAGCCGAAUACCACAAAUGCCCAACAUGGGAGGACGAAAAAACCUACUUCCCCGCCGCCCGCCAAGCCGAAAAAGAAGAAAUAACCCGCCUCCUGCAAAAAAUCAACGUGGCAGCCCUAAUAUCACGCGCGAGCACCCUCCGCGACGGCAUCCCGUGCACAGUACCCCACAACCUCAAAUACGACCACGAAACCUGCAGCAAGGUAAUGGGCGGCAUGAACUACCACAUCGAGAUCCUGUUCGAGGACGGCGUAAGCUGGCUAACGCGGAUCCGGCGCCGCAACGCCACCUCGCCGCCGCCAGAGCUGCAGAGCUAUAUCGUGCGCAGCGAGGUCGCGACGCUGCAGUUCCUAGCGCGCAUCAAUGUGCCGACGCCGGCUGUGCAUGAUUUCGACGCGGACCCCGACAAUCCCGUCGGGGUGCCGUAUAUUCUUAUGGAGAAGCUGGCGGGGCGGAGCGUGGGUAGCUCGUUGAAUCUGGCGUGGAUGCCGGAGAAAAGGCGGAAGGUGCUGGGGCAGUUGGCGGAUGUUUAUGUUGCGCUUUUGAGUCAUCCGAUGGAGAAGAUGGGGUCGUUGAUGCCGGUGGAUGUUGAUCAGCAGAUUCAGGCGGUGGGAUUGGGAUUGGGGUCGGGGAGUGCGGUGGGGCCGUUUGCUGUGGAGUCUUUGACGGAUCGGGGACGGGCGGGGGCGUCUUUGGAGAUGACGGGGCCGUGCUGUUCGGCGCAGGAGUAUUAUAGGGCUGGGAUUGAGUUGACGCUGGAUUUGAUCUUGCGGCAGGAGAUCUAUACGGGUCGACCGAUUGAUGCGUACUUGGUGCAUCGGUUUUUGCUGGACAAUGUGGCGAAGGUGUUUGCGUAUAACGAUUUGGAUGAUGGGAGGUUUUAUCUUCGGCAUGCGGAUGAUAAGGGGGAUCAUAUUCUUGUUGAUGAGGAGUUUAACAUCACGGGGAUUAUUGAUUGGGAGUGGGCGUAUACGGCGCCGCGGUCUGUGGCGUUUAAUUCUCCUAUUGCUCUUAUUCCGGUGGCGGAGUUCUACGACGGGGGCAAUCGGAUUGGCGAUGACGAGGUCACGUUUGCGGAGCUUCUGGAAGAAAAGGGGCAUCCUGAUCUUGGGGAGAUUGUUCGAUCUGGACGGCUUCUGCAUCGGUUUGAUUUCUGCUGCGGAUAUGACAUUUCGGAUUGGGAUAGUUUUUUGGGUCUGUUCUUCGGUCUAUUGAACGGCCUUGGGGAUCCGUUUCUGAAAGGUCUUGGUGAUAGCAAGCAACUAAACUGGGAGAUCUGGAAAACGGACGCCAUGGAACGAUAUUGGGACGACGAACGGCUGCAAAAGCUGAUCGAAGCCACUAAUUUCUUUUGA